AUAGGCCAAAGCAGCACUGGGGGCCCUGAUGAUGCACAUGAGCUGGGAUCAUUUAAACAUCCUCAGAUUUAGAUGGCGUGAUAAUGAGCCACUAUUAAUUAUGGAUGUAAUUACGCUUUUUAAACUGUGUUUAUUUUUCUUUUCACCACUUGGGUGAAACCAGGCCUGCUUGCUUCCAAAAACCCAGUCACUUAGUGGAUUUUCUUAAUCCCUUAACUCGAUUAUUCUCCAAGAUCUCACCUCAGACAACUCUGCAACGCUGAGAUUCACAGCACAGCAAAGAAAAGAGGUCCAAGUUAUACACUUGUGCUGCUGGAGAAGGAGGCACCGGCUGAGUGUGGAGAACAUGGGCCGGAUUUUAGCGUUGUUAUCAUUGAUGUGUCUGGGUGAUGUAUUAGGAAACGUUAAGAUAAGCUCAGAAAACAUCACGCGCAUUCUGGAUCGGCUUCUUGAGGGUUACGAUAACCGGCUGCGUCCUGGAUCAGGAGUGUCAGUCACUGAAGUCAAAACAGACAUAUUUGUGACCAGCUUUGGGCCAGUGUCAGAUGUGGAAAUGGAGUUCACCAUGGACAUGUUUUUCCGUCAAAUGUGGGUGGACGAGAGGUUGGCAUUCGAGGGCCCCAUUGAAAUCCUGCGCUUGAACAACCGCAUGGUGGACAAGAUCUGGACUCCUGACACCUUUUUCCGCAAUGCAAGGAAAUCUCUGGCACACAACACAACCACACCCAACAAGAUGUUCCGCAUCAUGCAGAACGGCACCGUGUUCUACACCAUGAGGCUGACUGUAAGUGCAGAAUGCCCCAUGAAGCUGAUGGACUUUCCCAUGGAUGGCCAUAUUUGUCCUCUGCGGUUUGGAAGCUACGCCUACACGAACCGUGAGAUCGUUUACACGUGGAGGAAGGGCCUGGUAGAGUCGGUGGACGUCCCCCCUGAGUCCUCCAAUUUACUGCAGUAUGAUCUAAUCGGAAAGACGCUGUCCAGUGAAACACUGAAGAUCAGCACAGGCCAUUACUCCGUCCAGCUCGUUCAUUUCAUCCUCCAGAGGAAAUUGGGCUAUCAUCUGAUUCAGACCUACAUCCCCCUCAUCAUGGUGGUUGUGCUGUCCCAAGUGGCCUUCUGGAUCAACAAGGAGUCGGUCCCAGCUCGCACUGUGGCUGGAGUCACCACCGUUCUGACCAUGACCACUCUGAGCAUCAGUGCCCGCUCCUCCCUGCCCAAGGUGGCCUACGCCACGGCUAUGGACUGGUUCAUUGCUGUCUGCUUCGCCUUCGUGGCCUCUGCUCUGGUGGAGUUUGCUGCAGUUAACUACUUUGCCACUUUGGAGGCCAACAGAAUGAGACGCAGGCUCUCCAGAGGGUCCGUGCUGGAGUCCAUAGCCGAGGGCAGCGACGACGAAGACGAAUCGACGGUGUCUGACCCCAGCGUUGGAGGUCGGGUGAGGAAGAGGAUGAGCUCCAUCUCUGAAGCCCCCAAAACCCGUCUGCCCAUCUUCCUCCAGCAGGGCUCAGCCACCCCACCCAAUGUGACGCUGGCCGGCCCCAGCCCCAUUGACCAGUACGCCCGCAUGCUCUUCCCACUGGCCUUUGCUGUUUUCAACAUCAUCUACUGGUACAUCUACCUCAGCAAGGACACCAUAGAGAAAGCCAGGGAGAUCGACUGAGUCUCUCUGGCACAUGGUUCAGCUCAGCCAGCUCAUGCACUGCUGAAGAAAAAGCAUCUGCUGUUUUCGUUUUUCUCUCUUAAAUUCCGAUUCACUUUUAAAGAAGCUGUUUGGCAUGACCAUCAUAGGUUAAAGUGUUGCCGAAACAUUUGAAUCUGCUGAUCUUGUCUGUCUGUUAACCCAUUAAACUGUAACAGGCUGUAUAGGGGUCCACACUUCAACUCUUUUAACUACAUCAUUUCAAUAUUUCCUACAUAUUGUUGAUGUCAUAUUAAAACAUUAUUUUUUCAGUU